AUGGAACGAACUGGCGAGAUUGAAGUAGAUCCUCCUGAGCUUGUUACCAACAAGCACGGAACCAAGGUUGAGUGGGUUAGAGAACAAUGUCGGGGCAUUGAAGCUAGGGACGGCUGCAGGCUAGUGACAGCCAGUGAGGUGGGAAGUUCUACCAAGGCCAGUGCUGGACGCCUUUCACUUUCUCAUCACCAGACCGUUUUGCAAUGCUUGCUUGCUGAUUCACAUCUUCCUCCUUACUACAUGCAUUUCUACUUCAUAUUACCCAGCUCCUUGCUUGCAGACAAGGCCACCGAGCUUUUCAACGGCAGACUCCUACUGAAGAGUGUGGUGGAGUCAUUGCAACAUGACUUUGAUACCGAAGAGGGCAUGCUGACUGACCUUAUCCUGAUUUGGAGUACACAACGAAGAGAUGCUUUGUUGAAUCGAGACCAGGACUUCCUGGAUCUUCAGCAAGACAUUCAGAACCAUCUCUCUCACUUGCAAGGCAACAAAAGGAGCUGCAAGAACCUGACCUGGGCAGAUCCAAACUUUGCACCCAGCAAUGAUGCUGCUCUGAUUCAGCUUGAUAUGAAAAUCAAAGCUUCCUUUGGCCAUCGAAAUCAGUGUUUGUACACGAUUCGAAAGUAUGUAGACAGUUUGGAUCACAAAAUGAGUGGGCACUUGAAGUUGGCAAUGGCUGGUCCCCACUCUGUGGUGGAUGCCUCAUACGAUGAGUGUGAUGAGGGGACCAUGCGCCAUUUGCUGUUGAGCACACCUUUCUUGGCAGCCCUACUCAUAAUGGGUGUUGGCACAAUUCCAAGGGCACUGACUCCUUUCCUGUGCCUUGCCGGUAGCGUGCAAGCGUCUCGGUGCGCAAUAGUACUUCUCAAAAGCCUUUGGGAGGACCUGAACAUGGUGGGUCCAGACACCCAAUUCCUCUUUGUGCAGCUGGCCCUUUGCUUUGACUAUGCUCUCUUCUUUUGGGUGCGCUUCUCUCAGGAGAGACAGCAGAGACCCGGCAACAUCGAUGCGCAAAGCAUUUUGAUGAGGACCUUGCAAACAUCAGGGUUUGUUAUAUUCAUCAGCACUAUGGUUUUAGUAGUUGCUUUCCUGGGUGCAAGCUGCUAUCCGGACCUGAACAAGCUGGGGUAUCUUUAUGCUACCUUGAACCUGGCUCUGGGCACUCUUUUUGUCGGCUUUUACAGCCUAACGGUGCCCACAGUGCUGGCCUCCAUUUGGCCAAACCUUUUCGAUGAUCCUAAAGGUAGCUUUCUUCAGGACGGCCUUCAAGGAAUCUCACGCUUUGUCAAGGCAAGGGUUUUUCGCCCAGUGGGCUAUGUGGCAUCAUCAAAGCCUUUGAACUACCUGGCAACAGUCUUGGUCCUGGCAACCUUCGGACCUUUGAUCCUCAACAUGUUGCGAUUGGAGCCCAACUAUGACUACACGGAGACGGACUUUUCAACCAGUGUGCGCGAGUACGAUGCCUACAACAUGGUGAAUCGUAAAUUCGAUUUGCAAGACAUGCAUAAGAUGACUGUUUUCAUGGAAGCUUCCCCGGCUCUUCGAGACCACUUUUCAAAGUUGUCCAGUGAAAGCGGAGACCAAAUGGAUUUGACCUUUCACAAAGCUGCAUGCCUUGUUGCGCGGACCAUAUCCAUGGAUAAGGUCUGCAAGUCAAUGGGGAUUCCCGACAAGAUUUUGUCAAUCGACUGGGAUGCUGCAGACAAAUCCUGUUUGAAUUCAAUCCAACACAUCCCAGGGGAUGAACGGUACCGAGCGCGAAACCACACCAAAGAGCGCAUGUUCUUGUUUCCAGAAAUUGAUGAUUUGCAAGGCAAAGAUGUGCAGAAGCUGGUGAGGCACUUCUGGAGAACUAUUGAGCCUGAGGUGGCCAUCCGGAAUGGCGAGAGAAUGCUCUUCUCUGCAACGUUGUACACACCCGUUGCAGAAGAUAUGCUUCUGGAGCAGCAGUACAGGCAUGCUGCACCAUGGAUUGUGGGUGUUACCAUUUUCAUCGUUUGUUUCAUGGUCGGCUGGCUCUUCAAGUCAUACUUUGUUGCAGUGAAAAUGGUGUUCACAGUGGCCCUGCCAGUCUUUGCAGAGUAUGGCUUUGCCGUAGGCGGACUGAAGUGGACCAUGAUUUACUCCACAAGCGGAUUUCUCUUUGCCUUGGCUAUGGACUAUGACCUCUUUUUGUUUGCACGUGUCUAUGAGCGGAGGCUGCAAGGCUUUGACAAUGCCUCUGCAGUGCGAAUGGCCUUGGAGGAGACAGGACCACUCAUCAGUCUUGCUGGCACGAUCAUGGUGGUGAGCUUCUUCUUCGUCUUUCUCUCGACAGUCCCCGUAAUUGCUCAGAUCGGUACCUUUGCUGAGUGCUCAACACACUCCUUUUGA